UUACAGCACUAGUCUUAGGAAGAAGCCCUGCUAUCCAGUGGGCUAUCCCAGGCAGCAGCGUUACCCACGUCUGGAGCCUGCACACGAUCAGUGGUUAUCGUCUAUCAUUUUCCUGAUUGUGGAAGGAUUAAGGAUGGAUAGGGAGAGGAAGAUGAUUGCAGAGAGGAUACUAAACCUUGCCCGAGAGAUUCUCCUUCAUCUUACUGGAGAGGAUUGCACAGUAGUGAAGAAGACAACUAGUGAGAGCUGUCAGGCCCCUGUGUCUGAAGGAUGGGGAAGAAUCCUGAGCACAAGCACAGAGCCUCCACCUCACUCCCUAUUACAAGGGGAAAUUAAUGACCAGAAGAUCAGAGAACUCGCCAGUAAGAUCACAGAGCUUCUGACUGGAGAGGUUCCUAUAAGGUGUCAUGAUUUCACUGUCUAUUUCUCCAUGGAGGAGUGGGAGUAUUUAAAAAGACACAAGGAUCUAUACAAGGACAUCAUGAUGGAGGACCACCGGCCCCGUACAUCACCAGAUCAGUGGUUAUCGUCUAUAAUUUUUCUGAUUGUGGAAGGAUUAAGGAUGGAUAGGGAGAGGAAGAUGAUUGCAGAGAGGAUACAAAACCUUGCCCUAGAGAUUCUCCUUCAUCUUACUGGAGAGGAUUACACAGUAGUGAAGAAGACAACUAGUGAGAGCUGUCAGGCCCCUGUGUCUGAAGGAUGGGGAAGAAUCCUGAGCACAAGCACAGAGCCUCCACCUCACUCCCUAAUACAAGGGGAAAUUAAUGACCAGAAAAUCAGAGAACUCGCCAGUAAGAUCACAGAGCUUCUGACUGGAGAGGUUCCUAUAAGGUGUCAUGAUUUCACUGUCUCUUUCUCCAUGGAGGAGUGGGAGUAUUUAAAAAGACACAAGGAUCUAUACAAGGACAUCAUGAUGGAGGACCACCGGCCCCGUACAUCACCAGAUGCUUCCAUGUAUGGACUGGGGGCUGUGCUGAGCCAAGUCGGGGAGGAUGGAGGAGAGCACCCUGUCGCAUACCUCAAUAGAAAGUUACUACCUUGGGGAGUGAGCUAUGCGGCAGUGGAGAAAGAAUGCUUGGCCCUGGUCUGGGCCCUAAAGAAGUUGAGUCCCUAUCUGUACGGGCAGGAAUUUUCCCUUGUAACUGACCCCAACCCAUUGGUCUGGCUUAACCAGGUCUCUACGGAUAAUGGCAGGUUGCUACGCUGGAGCUUAGCCGUGCAACCAUACAACUUUACCGUCAGUUACAGACCCGGUGACUGUACCAGUCGCUCAGAGGGACAUCUGCUAUGUUCAGAUUUUAAAGCAGAUACUCAUGAUAUCACACAAGAUAAAUAUAAACAGCAUGUCAGGAUCCCAGAUCUACCCUUAGGUCUGUCUUCAGAUUCUUCACAGUCUGUUAAGCAAAGUAAAAGUCGCCGAAGGAGUGUUCAACAUAAAAGAGUUCAUACAAGUAAGAAUCAGUUUUCAUGUUCAGAAUGUGACAAACGUUUUGCCCAUAAAUCAGCUUUGACUAUUCAUCACAGAACUCACACAGGUGAAAAGCCAUUUUCAUGUUCAGAAUGUGGGAAAUGUUAUCGCAUUAAACAAAAUCUUGUUAUACAUCAAAGAAGUCACACAGGGGAGAAGCCAUUUUCAUGCUCAGAAUGUGGGAAGUGUUAUAGCAUUAAACAAAAACUUGUUAUACAUCAAAGAAGUCACACAGGGGAGAAGCCAUUUUCAUGCUCAGAAUGUGGGAGCUGUUUCGCUCAGAAAUCAAAUCUUAUUGAACAUCAGAAAACUCACACAGGAGAGAAUCUAUAUUAUUGCCCAGAAUGUGAGAAAUGUUUUACUCAGAAAUCAAAACUUGAACAUCAGAGGACUCACACAGGAGAGAACCCAUUUUCGUGUUCAGAAUGUGGAAAGUGUUUCAACCAUAAGCAAGCUUUAAAUGCACAUCAAAUUACGCAUACAGGAAAAACAUUUUCAUGUCCAGAAUGUGGGAAAUGUUUUACCCACAAAUCAUAUCUUGUUAAACAUCAGAGAAUUCACAUAGGAAGGAAGCAAUUUUUAUGUUCAGAAUGUGGCAGUUGUUUUCCGCUGAAAUCAAUCCUUGCUGUACAUCAAAGAAGUCACACAGGAGAGAGGCCAUUUUCAUGUUCUGAAUGUGGGAAACGAUUUAACCAGAAAUCAAAUUGUGAUAGACAUCAGAGAACUCACACAGGGGCAAAGCCAUUUUCGUGUUCUGAGUGUGGGAAACGUUGUUCUCAGAAAUCAGAUCUUGAAAAACAUCAGAGGAGUCACACAGGAGAGAAGCCAUUUUCAUGUCCUGAAUGUGGUAAGUGUUUCUCAAGGAAAGCAUCUCUUAUUAAACAUCAGAAAAUUCACACAAAGGAGAAGCCGUUUUCAUGCCCAGAAUGUGAGAAAUGUUUUAUUUACAAAUCACAUCUUCUUAAACAUCGAAAAACUCACACAAGAAAUUAACUAUUUUCAUACAAAGUUUGGAAAAGGUGGACAAUUAAAGGACUCACUCAUGACAGUACCCAUUUUUAUACGGAAUUUGGAAAAUGUGGAGAAGUAAAGAACUCACUCAGAACAGAAGCCAGUUUUACAUGGAAAUUAGGAAAUGUUGAUCAUUAAAAAAAACUCACUCUAGGAAGAAGCCAUUUUUGUACAGAAUUUGGGAAGUUUUAGCAUAAAUAUAAGUAUCAAAUCAUAUUGACCAUUUACCCUUUUAGGACACGUUCUAAUUAAAUUUUUUAUAUAUAUUUUUCCCUUCCCAAGAGUCAUAAUUUAUAUUUUUGUUUUUCGUUUUUUACUCACAUAGUCGUAUGAGGGCUUGUUUUUGUGGGACAAAUUAUUCAUGUUAAUUACACUGUUUAUUUUACCAUAGCUUGUAUUGUAAAAUGGGAAAAUUUUUCUUUGUGGGGUGAAAUUGGAGAAAAAAAAGUCAGUUAUGCCAGUUUUUUUUUCCCUCUGUAACAAACACAGACAAAAAAAAUGACAAAAAACGGAGCCUCUGGUUCAAGAGGAACUUUUAUCCCCCAUAUAGUGGAUAUCCAUCAUAGGACAUUCUGCCAAUAAGUCUGUAUCAUGGGGCAUUGCCAGACACGGUGCAGUAGGUUUGCCCGGGGAGAGAGCAUUUCGGACAAGCCAGUAAUCAGUGAGGAGCCUCCGGCCGAGAGGGUGGGUUAAGAGCAUAUAUCUAUGCUUGUAAUAAGUGAAACAAUGUGCACAUUGUCCCAACCUCUCAAAAGAUCAUCUAUGAAGUUUGACAUUCCCAAACCCUUUUUGCACUUUUUGAAACAGUUGCCUUCUAGCUUGUUCGCUAAAGGUACCUUUACAUGAGCUGAUAUCAUGUAAAUUAUCAUUAAAUCGAGCAAAACUGAUUAUUAUAAAACUAUUAACAAGCAGUGUGAAAGCAGUGAAGGGUAGAGAUACAAACCGACAAUCGGUAGAUUUCUCGUUGGUUCAAUCAUUUGUCUGGGCACAAAAAUCAUCGUUGGACAUUAACAAUUUCAUACGUAUAAAUGGUAAUCGUUCACUGCACGCACAAUUACUGAUGAUUACACCAUGGGUGUGUUUAAGUACGCCACUUUUUAUUUAGCAGCCUUGUGAGAGGCAUCAGUUGUUUGGUGCAAUUGAUACGGCAGUUUUUUUCUUAUAUUAUAAAUAAAUAUUGAAAAAAAAAUAAGGUACGCCACUCAAUUUAUCGCUUUGUUGAAACAUUCACUACACCAAGAAACGACUCGUUUGUACCAAUCAUCAUGUGUAAAGGUACCGUAAGACAUUGCACAAUGAGUUAUAACUCGUCAGUACA